UAACAUCGGGCUCGAUAUUCGUAUUUCAUCAUGGAGACCAAGGAAGCUUGGCAUUUGACACUCGUUGUAUUUAUUUGCUGGCUUGCUGUUUUUGUGCGUGCAGAUGCUGAAGAUGAUAUAGCAUUUAGUGCAGGGGAGAGCGACACGACAAAAUUUGGACAGGCAAAGUCUGUGAGAUAUUUACUGUAUGAUGUUAACCCAGGAGAGGGGUUUAAUUUACGUCGUGAUGUGUACAUGAGAGUGACCAACCUCGUGAAGGAGCUGAACAAAGAAGAGCCGUGGGUGCUGGUCCUCCCACCCUGGGGCCGGCUAUAUCACUGGAAAUCGCCCGACCUGGAGCAGAUUAAGAUUCCAUGGUCAACUUUCUUUGAUCUUCCCAGCUUACGGGAACAUGUCCCUGUCAUUGAGUUUGAAGAAUAUCUGAAGUUGAGAGGGGAGCCAGUCAUUGAUGAGGUUUAUUACCUGCAAGGGUUUAAGGGAGGCUGGACUAAGUGGGAGGAAAAGAUGAACAUCACCGAGUGUAAUGAGGGAACAGGGUUUGUGCAGGAUGAGGAGGGAAAUUGGUACAGCUGGUUUUUUGGGUAUGAAGAAGUGUAUGCCAAGAAGUUUGCCUGUUUGUCCUAUAUGGGGCAUGCCACAUUCAUAAAGCCGUUCCUACUGAAAAAUACCACUGGCAGGUGUGUAAUGCUUCCCCGGGCCGAGGUCCUUUUACAUGAUCACUUUGGGAACAGUGAAUAUUGGAAAGCCAGAAGAAGCAUGGUGUUUGCCAAACACCUGAGAGACAUCGGAGAUGAGUUCCGGCGGGAAAACCUUGACUCCACAGAUCCCGAGGAUAAAACGGAGUUGGAGGACUGGACCAAGAUGAAGAGGAACCAUGGUGAUGCUGUAGGGGGCCCCUAUGUAGGCGUCCACUUACGGAGAAGGGACUACCUGUAUGCCAGGGAGGGAAACCUACCCUCAUUGAAGGGGGCCGCCAAACAAAUCAAGAAAAUACUCAAAAAGUACAACCUUCAGAAGGUCUUUGUAGCCACGGACGCUCCCAGUGAAGAAUUUGAAGAAUUCAAGAACUAUUUCAAGAAAUCAAAAGUUUACAGAUUUGUUCCAUCUAAGGAAAUUAAGGAGAAAUACAAGGAUGGAGGGGUUGCGAUUAUAGAUCAGUGGAUUGCGGCCCAUGCAAGGUAUUUUAUUGGUAGCUAUGAAUCUACUUUUUCCUUCCGUAUCCAAGAGGAGCGAGAGAUUCUUGGAUUUGACCCUGACACGACCUUCAAUAGACUCUGUCCAGACAAUGAUUCUGACUGUGAGAAACCGUCUAUAUGGAAGAUAGUCUACUAAGGGUCCUAGGCAUUUAUAUAAUUCCAAAGUGUUCAGAGCUUUAUCUUUUUAGUCUUUGAGAUGAAAACAUACUGUUAUGGUAUUAUUGUUUUAUUUGAUGGGAGCUUUAGGUUUCAAAUCCUCAAUAAUUAUAUAAGUUUUUUAUUCUUAGAGAUGAUAUCAAAUUGUUAUGGCUUUGGUGUUUUAUUUGACAUGUUUGUAUAUGUUUAAAACCUUUUGUGUUAGUUGUGUUUAAUUUGUAAAACAAUCUUGUCACACAGAUUUUUAUGAAGACUGUGUGUAAAAUGAAUAUUAGAUCUUGAAAUCCACAUCUACAAUGAAUACUGGGAUUUGUAGUUAGAAUGUUCCCAGAUUGAUGUCUGACUUAUAUAAAUACAGUAAAACUUGAUCUUACCAAACAUGGAUGUAAUGAAAUUAGAGCUCUAGUGAAUAACUCUGCAGUUCCUCUCAAAUGUUAAUCAUAUACCGGGUAAAUGUUUUCAAACAGGAAUAUGUUGGUUAUGUUUAAAACAAUGUUUUUUUUUUCAAUCCCUUUACUGUCAAAGUCGCUGAAAUCUUCCAUAUUAUAAAAGAGAUAUUUUUAUGCAAUUACAUCACUAUGCAAAACCUGUCUGAUAAUCAUAUCUUGGUGAUUUUGUUCAUUAUUGUCAUUGUGUUGUGUUGUCAGUGAUGUAUAUGUAUGUUUGAUGAUUAUGUAAUGGUGGGGAAUGGAGAAUGGACGCUGAGCAAAAUGUAUGAAUGUACAAUGUAUCUAAUUAGGAAUGAAAUAGAAAUUCUCUGAUUUUUUUGUUUUGAUGAAUGGCUUAUGCACACUUCACUUGUAUUGCAGCAUUUCAUCCUCUUGUGGGUGGAUUCACCCUAGUUCGAUAUUUUUGAUUUACCAAUCAGUAGAUCUUCUCUGUUUCUUGGAUGCUGAGGUAUAUGUAUUAGUAAUGUGUUUCUUGGAUGCUGGGGUACAUGUAUUCAUUUGAUAAUUAUGCUGAAAGUACACAGGGUUUAAUUCAUCUCCAUUUUAUUUAUGUAUUUCCAUUUGUCACAAAUUCUGUUUUUAAUAUGAUCUACAUUAUUGUUAUUAUACAACUUUAAUAAAAAUUCACGAAAA